CUAGCCACUGCACCCUAGCCCUGAGCCAAAUCUUCGUCCCAUUCCCCGUACCAACUUUGCACUAACUAAACUACUGCGUACGCCAGCAUGAGGGUUCACCAUUUGCAUGUGGCCUCCUACCUGGAGAAAGCGGCCUCGGCGUCUUCGUCUCCAGCUACGCCGUCCGCCUCUCCUCCCUCGGCGCUGUUCCCUUUCGGCGCCUUCCAGUGCCUCCGGCCGCUGGCGCCCAAGAUCUCCCUCCCGGACCAGCCGAAGAAGCUGGUCGCGCCGCCCGACGUCCUCGGCCGCGUCAGGAACGCCACCAAGCUGCUCAGCUGCACCGUCAGGAACCAUACCGUGCAGGUGCCGAUGGGAGGGACGACGCGGUGGAACCCUUCGGCGGAGCAGAUCAAGGUGCUGGAGGCGCUGUACCGCGGCGGGAUGCGCACCCCGAACUCGGCCCAGAUCGAGCGCAUCACGGAGGAGCUCGGCAGGCAUGGCCGGAUCGAGGGCAAGAACGUCUUCUACUGGUUCCAGAACCACAAGGCCCGCGAGCGCCAGAAGCAGAAGCGCGCCGCCCUCCUCACCCUCAGCACCCUCGACUCUUCCUCCCUACCUGCAACGGCCACCAAGGAUGGGACGGGUGAUAAGAAGGAAGCUUGCGACGUGGCGAUGAACAGCUGCAAACGGCGGUGCAUGACAUGGGGUGACGGCCAUGGCGAUGCGGCGGCGGAGGUGGCCGCCCCCGACGGCUGCACGGAUAAUGUCACCCUGGAGCUCUUCCCGUUGCGUCCGCAGGGGAAAGCUGCGUAGUUGUUGACUUCGUCCUACCUGCUUGUGCAUACGCUCCGUCUUGCAUGCAUGCAUGGAUAUGCAUGGAUGGAGCCGGUUUUCACUGGGAAAAGCAUUUCUGGUUUUUGAGUGUAUUUUGUAUUAUCAUCGUUUGGAUUGCAUGCAUAGUUGUGGUGUGACCAGAAUUGAUCCGUUUCCUAGCAGUGGAGUAUAUGAGCAACUAGCCAUCUAAUCA